AUGAGCACGAAAUUUAUACCUCGAACUGUGUUUCCCAACUACAAUGUAACAUUGUCCAAUUUCAAGGGCCACCAUCAAAAAGCCUUGACGAAACUUGGACAUCUUUCGCCCCAGUUGGAUUUGGUUUUGGAAGUUCGAGAUUGUCGCGCACCAGUAGCCACGACCAAUGUGCUAUUUGAUAAGCUUUUGGCCAUGAAGAGGAAAUUGGUACUAUACAGUAAAAAGGAUUUGUCGAUACUAAAACCUAGCAUCUUGGAUAGGUGGCACAAAUCAAACAAUGAAGAGUACAUGUUGGUUGAUUGUCGAAGUCUCGGUGAUUGCAAAAGGAUUGUUGACAAAAUGAUACAAAUGUACCAAUCCAUGGAUCCCAAACCGCCCUUGGGCUUGCGACUGGUCAUUGUGGGGAUGCCAAAUGUUGGAAAAUCCACAUUGGUUAAUACCAUGCGUCUGGUGGGUUUGAAAAAUAGUAGUUACGAGGGAAAAGAAAACAAUGAAAACAAUGAAAACAACGGUGAGCCCAUAUCAACAAAGAUUCGAAAAGUCGCAAAAACUGGCGGGCAGCCAGGGGUCACCAGAUCUACAAGCGAAAUAAUACGAUUGUCCAGAGACCCGGAACUCAUGGUUUAUGACACUCCAGGGGUUUUCUUGCCCACUGUAAAAAACGCUGAAACAAUGCUAGCUUUGGGCCUCGUUGGUUGCGUUCAUAAUUCAUUCAUUGAUCCGGUCAUUUUGGCCGACUACUUAUUGUUCGUUUUAAACUUGCAAGAUCCAAGCGGCAAAGCAUAUAACUUAUACAUGUCGCAUCCAACUAAUGAUAUUUACGAGCUAAUGUACAAUAUCGCAAAGCAGAGAAAAACGUUGAAAAGGGAUGGAAGUUACGAUGAGCUUGGAAUAGCCACGCAUUGGUUAAAUCUUUGGAAACAAGCCAAAACAUCAAAAUAUAAGUGUUUGUUCGACUUGCCAGCAAUUCUCAAAGUAAAUGAGAAAGAGUAUGCACAAAUUCAAAAUCAGGAAAAAGAACGCAUCGAUCAUACAAAUGUGCAUCAGAGAAUAGUCGACAGUUUUGGAUCUGACGGCUCUUCAAAAUUAGCGCACAGAAAGAGAACUGCAAAAGAUAGGAUGGCCGAUAUGAAAAAUCGAUUAUUUAAACUUUGA